UGUCGAUAAGAAGCACUUUCAGUUUAUGAGAGAAUGGCAAGAACACUGACUAUCUUGAAGUCUCCAACACCAUUCUCCACCGCUAAGAGCAUGAUCUGGCUGUUCCAGGCUCUCCUACUAGUUGUCUUCUGCCGUGGCCCAGGGAACUCAUUUUCAGAAGCCAGCUCAACCCCACUGGUUGUGAACGGGGUCCUGAGGGAGUCUGUAACUCUUCCCUCAAAGUUUCCUGUGAAAGAGAAUAUCACGUUCAUCACCUGGCUUCACGAGGGAAGCUCUGUCAUCUUCAUAUGGCCAAAAGAAGCAAAAAUACAGGUGACUGAUCCAAAACGGAAAGAUCAACUGAAUGUCACUGAGUCCUACUCCUUGCAGCUCAACAAUCUGACAAUGGCAGACGUGGGACAUUACCGUGCCCAGAUAACCACAUCAACCUCCUCUUUGUACACCGAUUAUAACCUGCAGAUCUUCAGACGACUGAGCAACUUACAAGUUGCCCAUCACAUCAAAUGGUCUGAAAAUAAUACCUGUGAGAUCCAGCUGAUCUGCUCUGUGGAGAAUCCAAAUGAUAACGUCUCAUUCAGGUGGCAGGUCGCAGGAAAUCCAUAUCAUAAUGAAGCAAAUAUCUCUAUAUCCUGGGACCCCAAGAGCCUCAGUGAAGAGACCUACACCUGCAUAGCUGAGAAUCCUGUCAGCUAUUUAUCCUCUUCUGUCUCUGACAAGAGUAUCUGUGAAGGUGUUAUUAAUGGGAAAAAUGAAUACCUGGAUAUCAGAUGGAUUAUCAUUGUGGUUGUUUUGACAUGUAUAUUCUUCAUUGCAUUCAUAUUAAUAUUUGUUCAGAGGAAAAAAGUAGCAGGUUUCUUUCAAUUGUCUACUCAGCAAACCCAGUGUCAUGCAGAGACUGUGAGUAACUUAGAGUACGCUUCCUUCUCUUCAGGGAAUACUGUGUAUGCUCAGGUCACCCAUUCAAACAAGGAAACAAAAAUCCCAAAACCUGUGAAAACCUAUGACUCCACCACAAUUUACUCUGAAGUUAAUCAUCCCCAGGAGAGAAAGCCCAUUUAUACCAAGACAGCUGCCCAUCACAACGUCGUGAGACAAAAGGAAUUAACCAACUGUAACUAAUCUACUAUUCUGUAGGCAAACCCAUGAAGAUCUGCAUGCUCCAUUCCCAAAAGAUAAAUUUUGUAAUCAGGGAAGAAAACAUGCAACGCCUACAAAAUUUCUACCAAAAAUUUUUUUUCUUUGUCCAGAAAGUAAGCUUCUUCCUUAAUAAAAUGGAGGAAAAUGCAUCACCAUUAAACUGCUUUGACUGAGGUAAGACAAUUGUGACUGACUGUCCUGGAAAGGUAAUAAAAAGGAAGAAAAGUCCUUUUCCCUUUUAAGCAGACUCCAGUCACACCAACUGGUAGUUCCAAACCUUUGGCAUGGCCUCCAACACCCCUACUACCUUGUCACCCCUUCUUUCACAGCAUCCCAAUCACACUGAUCUUCAUUCAGCUCCUAGAAUUCUCCAAACUCUCUUGCUUCUGUGGCUUAACAUAAAGAGUUCCCUCUGCAAUACCUUUUACACACAUACAUACAAACACACACAGCACACACAGCAGGUUAGCUAAUUCUUAUUUAGUCUUCCAGAUCUAGCUUCUACAUAAUUUCUCUGGAGAAGUCUUCUUUGACAUAUUCAUC